UAUCUGCCCACCGACUUCUCACUUUUGCCCAUAAUCAUGGCUUCCAUUGCUCAUCGUCUUUCUGCCAAAGCUCUCACCAAAACUCUGCGUGAGCUUGGAUUCGAGACGAAGCUAAUCCGCAAAUUCGUGGAAGCUCCCUACGAUGUCAACUAUGCCACAGCUCUGCUCAAAUCCUACUCGCCACCAUCUCGCAAGCCUCGAAAGGGCAGAUACAACAAUUUGUGUCUUCACAAGGGCGCACGUAACCAACUCUGGGUGGUCUACGAUCCUCUCAAGCACAAGCCGAUGUUUGACAAGGACGCCCUCAUGCUCACCGUUCGCUUUGCCAUCUUUCAGCCGGGCAACCCUCGUCUCAUCGAAUACAACACCAAAACCACAUCUCUACGUAUCCGCUCAUCAAGGAUCAUCGUGGGUCAGCAAAUCAAGUACACCGCCAACGGCCCGGUCCUCGAGCCCCUGGAUGAAGAAGAAAGCGAUUCUGAACCCAAGCCCGCUACUGCUACCACUACUAAUACCACCACCACAAAAGGAAGGAAAGUCACCAAAGCAACCAAAGCCGCCAAAGCUUCACAACCCAAGUCUGACAGCGAUUCUGAGCUCACGGAAAUGGAGUCUGAUACUUGA